AUGGAUCAAUAUAGAAAAUUCGACUAUGAGAUCUCAAAAACAGCUCAAAAUAACUCGGCUCUGGCUGGGUAUUUGAGGACGGAUUGUGGAAAGGAUGAUAUUUGUGCGGGCACGAUUUUCCCAGCACUGAAAGAGAAAUUCGCUGCCGGUUCGGUGGUGAUCAAAUCGCACACCUCAUCCUAUCCACGUCUUGUCUUAAACGAUGGUAAAGCGAUCAUUUAUGUGGACAACAAGAUCGACGCAUAUGUACAGCAACCCGAUCGAACCCGUCGCUUUCUGACAGCGAACAUGGCUGUUGAGGUGAAAUACGAUGAGCCGAAGUUUCUGGAUUAUGUUUUCAAGGCGAAAUUGCGCAUUGACAAGUUCAAAUUGACAGAUGUCUCGUCAACGGUUGAGGGAAUCGAUGCGAAUUCGUUGGAGUUCUUGGUGAACGCGCUCAUCGAAUUGGUGCUAAAUGAUGAAAUGGGAGAAAAGAUGAAGGGAAUGGCUUUUCCAAUCAUUUUCGAUUUCGAACAACACGCGGUGGAUUUGGUUUUCGAAAAGGAUCGAUUGCGGAUAUCGGCUGAUUAUUGUUAUGGGACGAAAUGUCAGGUGAAAACCGAGGAAUCGAAAGAUGGAAAUGUCGACUAUUAUGAUCAAGUGACCGGG